UUUAUUCCUUCUCCUCUAGUUUCCGUAAUCCCGUUCACCUCCCGUCCCGUGCCCUCCUCCCGCUCCCCCUGCGGGCUGCGGCACUACUGGGCGAGCGGCGCCGCCCUUCGCGAGGUCUUCGCCGGGCACUUUGCCGGCGAAGAGCAUCCACAAGGUGUUCAGCCGUGACAUGGCAAGGAAACCUUCAGCUUCUCUCGUGUUCUUUUUCCAUAUAUGAUGUCCUUCCUUCUGAAGGGCGCAAAUAUUAUAAGAUUAUUGAAGUGGCCAUUGAGAAGAGAAUCAGCACUUUCAACACAUCUACUUGCUGAAAUUCCACCUGAAGUAGAGUUAUCGGACUACCGGAGACUGCCAAGCUCUUAUUGUGAGAGCCCAACAGUACUUCUCCAUGGGGAGGACUUAAAGGCUGAGUUGAUUCCUGACUUGGAUAUUUUCUUUGAGAGGCUGUAUGAAUAUUUCUGUGCAAAGGGUUUAAGAUGCAUCAUCACCAAAUGGAUAAUCGAGAUCCUUAAUGUUACAUUUAUGGUAUGCGCGAUUGGUUUUUUCUUCUUGUUUGUUGAUUGGGAUGCCCUUGCCCAUUUGAAAUGUGGAGUGGAAGCACUUGAGAUAGGGGAGAAACCAUGUGUCCUAAUGAAUGUCAUCAAGAAUGACCCAUUAAUUCCGUUCACAUAUGUGAAGAUGAUCACUAUUGGAUCAAUGGUUAUAUUGACAACUUAUGGAAUUAUUAACUUUGUCAAGUUCUUUGUAAAAUUGAGAAGCACACUCAAUGUUCGUGACUUCUACUAUAACAGCCUUAAGGUCACAGAUCUGGAGAUUCAAACUAUAUCUUGGCCCAAAGUAGUUGAGAAGGUUGUCCUCCUCCAGAAGUCACAACAACUUUGCGUUGUUAAGGAUCUUUCAGAGCAUGAUAUCAUCAUGAGAAUAAUGCGCAAAGAGAACUACUUGAUUGGGAUGGUUAAUAAAGGUGUCGUUGCAUUUUCGGUUUCCUGUUGGCUGCCUGGAGUUGGUCCAGCUGUCAGCUCUCAUUUCCAUGGAAGGACAAGCUAUCUGAUGCUUCCAAAGACGCUAGAGUGGACAUUAAAUUGGUGCAUCUUUCAGAGCAUGUUUGAUAGUAAAUUUUGCGUCAGAAAGGACUUCCUAGCAAGCCCAUCUAUUUUAAAAAAGCGACUUGUAAUUAUGGGCAUCGCAAUGCUUUUCCUGUCGCCCUGCCUUGUCAUCUUCCCAUUGGUAUAUAUGUUUCUGAGACAUGCUGAAGAAUUCUACAAUCACCCCAGUACAGCAUCAUCUCGAAGAUGGUCGAAUUUAUCAAGGUGGAUUUUGCGUGAGUACAAUGAGGUUGAGCAUUUCUUCAGACACAGGAUGAACAUUUGCACUCUUCAUUCUUUGAAUUACUUAAAACAGUUUCCGACUCCAUUAAUAUCUAUCAUUGCAAAAUUUGUUUCGUUUGUAUCUGGUGGCUUGGCUGGAAUCCUUCUCAUCCUUGGCUUCCUGGGUGAAUCUAUCCUUGAGGGCCAUGUUUUCGGACGUAAUCUUUUCUGGUAUACUGUUGUUUUUGGAACCAUCGCAACUGUAAGUCGGAGAGUUGUGGCAGAUGAGCUUCAAGUGAUUGACCCAGAAGGAGCUAUGACCCUUGUUGUCCAACAUACACAUUACAUGCCAAAAAGAUGGCGUGGUAAAGAGAGCAGUGAACUUGUGCGGAAAGAAUUUGAAACUCUGUUUCAGUAUACCAUAACAAUGCUUUUGGAAGAGAUGGCCUCGAUUUUCAUCACUCCUUACUUGCUAAUAUUUGUGCUACCAAAGCGCGUCAAUGAUAUUUUGUGCUUCAUUUCGGAAUUUACAGUUUAUGUAGAUGGAGUGGGAGAUGUAUGCAGCUUAAGUUUGUUUGACUUCCAAAGACAUGGAAAUAAAAACUAUGGUUCACCACUUGAUUCAGUAAAAGAUAUGAGGAGCUCCCAAGGGAAAAUGGAGAAGUCAUUAUUAAGUUUCCAAAGUGCAUAUACAUCAUGGCAGCCAAAUCCUUAUGGCAAGCAGUUUUUGUGCAAUCUUCAGAGAUUCAAGGAAAAGCAAAUUCGUAAAUAUACUUUUCAAGCAAUGGAAGAAUCACAACUUGUGUCGAGUAGUAGAGGUCAAAGUUGUAGCAACAUUUUCCAUCGGCUGCUUUCCAGAGAUGUUUUUCCAGGCAAUGGGAUUAUUUAUAAGUUUAGUCCAUUAGGGCUGCUUGACACAGAUCAAAGAGCUUAUCCAUACAUUCUGGACUGGUAUUACAUGUGUCGCUCUGAACACUUAGGCAGAGAUGCGGAAUCAUCUAACCACCCCGAUGAACCAGGGGAGGAUAUAUGGCCACCUCUGAGCAAGCCAUUAACUGAGAUUGAAGAGGAGGAAACCUGGGAUUCUAAUGUAUAUGAAAGAGCUCUAAGCCACUUGGAGGCAUCAACAUCAAGCGCGUUCUUUCAGCGUGCCACCUUCAAGCACCAGGGCAGGGAACAAAAUUCUAGACACUACACUUGGUGGGCCCAGGCCUCUGCACGCCAAACGUAUCCACAAGACAGUUCUGCUGAGCCUCUUCACGACAGCUUUAUUGAGCCUCCAGACUUUGCAAAUCACUACACAUCUGGCCAUGGUUCCAGCCAGCACAGCGAUGGGGCACUGAACAUGGCACAUCCUACUGGUCCAGAAGACAGUUUCCAUGAGCCUCCGAACUUUGGAAAUCAUUAUGGGUCUGGCUAUCAUUCAAGCUAUCACAGCAGCGACGCGUCGGAGGGAACCAAAGAGCUAGAUCAAAGAGAUUACAGAACUAACAGUAGUUGGACAAGCCCCCAGGCCCUGUCCAAGACAAGGUACAUGGAUGAUGACUCCGACCUAGAGCAGGGCCUGACCCAUUUUGUUGAUGUCCCACAGAACGAUGAUGGAAGCAAAAAAGAGGAAGCAUCAGGCCAUGACGUAGCCGGUAUUUGUGGCUCUAUGCCAGUCAGCCUCAAUGUACGGAUUAUACCUCGAGGCAGUGACCCGAUUUAGUUCGAAGAAAAACACGCAAAAAUAAUAUAUGUUAGGGUUGGAUCAGUGAUCUUAAAUUACCUUAGAAACAAAGGAUGUAGUAUAAGUUAGUUUUGUGUGAGCCGGCAAGGCCAACAAAUUCUUUUGUACAGAUGAACUACAUACCUAAUAUAGUCAUGACCGCCCCUUUGGAUGGAGAGGGUAAACAUUCUUUUUGAUAGAAAA